AUGGCUCUUCUGAGGAAAAUUAAUCAGGUCCUGGUGGUGCUGCUUGUGCUGAUGUUGUACCUGAUCCUGCACAGCACGCUACUCAAAGCCUCCAGUCACCACAAAAUUUCAGGUCACUGGAAGAAACUCGGUGGUACCGCGGUGAAAAACGUGGACCAUGUCAUCCCUGUCGUCAUAUGUGCGUCAGAGGAGCGCACGGGCGCUGCCAUGGCAACCAUAAACAGCAUCCGCAGCAACACGGAUGCUAAUGUGCUCUUUUAUAUCGUUACGCUAAGGGACGCUGUGAAACACAUCAGACGUUACAUUGAAGAGACUAAACUAAAAGGCAUCAAUUAUAAGAUCUUGGAAUUUAAUCCGAUGAUUCUGAAGGGGAAAGUGAAGCCAGAUUCCUCAAGGCCGGAUCUGUUACAUCCGCUCAACUUUGUGCGCUUUUACCUGCCGCUACUUGAGGUGAACCACGAGAGGGUCAUAUACGUAGAUGAUGAUGUCAUUGUACAGGGUGACAUUCAAGAUCUGUUCAACAUCAAAUUAAAGCCGCAACACGCCGCUGCUUUCGCCACCGACUGCGACCUGCCGUCCACUCAUGACAUGGUACGCAGCAUUGGCAUGCAGACAACCUACAUGGGCUUCUUAGACUUCAGGAAACAGGAAGUAAAAGAUCUCGGCAUCAAUCCUAACGACUGCUCGUUCAACCCGGGCGUGUUUGUAGCAGAUAUGCAUGAAUGGAAAAAGCAGAAGAUCACCAAACAGCUCCAGAAGUGCAUGGAGGACAAUUUCAACUUCAACAUCUACAGCAGCGCCAUGGCAGGUGGUGUGGCUACACCACCCAUGCUGAUCGUUUUUCAUGACAAAUACACAGUGCUGGACCCACUUUGGCACGUCAGACAUUUAGGUUGGAGUCCCGAUUCGGGCUAUCCCGAGAGCUUUCUGCAAAAGGCACAGCUUCUGCAUUGGAACGGCCCGUUCAAACCGUGGGGGUACCCUGCUGUUCACACGGAACGUUGGGAGAAAUGGUUCAUUCCAGAUCCCUCAAGGAAGUUCUCCUUGAUGAGGCCGAAGAGCAAAAAUAGACGUCCUAUCAAGUAA